AUGCUAAUCGAUGGAAGACGGGAUGAAACCAGUUCGUAUCAAGCCCGAGAUAUAGAAACCACCCACGUACACACAGAAACAACGAACCGCUUGCAAUCGAAGUCUGAUAACAAGACUUGCAACAAUUGUGGAGGAGAAUGGCCGCACAAAAAUCAAUGCCCCGCACAAGGGAAAACAUGUCGCAAGUGCAACAAACCGAACCACUUUCAAUCAGUUUGUAGGAGCUCAAAAUUAUCGAAGCAGAAACAAAGACGUCCUGCACAUUCUCGCAAAUCACAUGCAGCGGUGAGACCUUUGCAGCAUGAGGAUAAUUCUAGUGACGAGGAAUACCUGUAUACGGUCUCAAAUGGCAACGACAAAUUAUCAAAACGCAGCCCUGUGGUUAAUGUUGUGGUCGAGGGUCACAAGUUCAACAUGAUAUUGGACACCGGAUCCACAAUCAACGUUAUCGAUAGAAAUACUUUCGAAAAGAUGCACGGAGUCAAGUUACAACAAACCAAAAUAAAAGCUUUUCCAUUCAACUCUUCGAAACCAGUUUGUUUUAUAGGAAAAUUUGAAUCGAUGAUCACAACAAAAUCUCGCUAUGGAGUUGCAACAUUUUAUGUCCUAAAAGAUCGUAAUGCUGGUUGUUUACUUUCAGCCAAUACAGCACAAGAACUUGGAGUCAUAACGCUGAAAUUGAACAAACUUUCAGUUUCAGCAACCCCUACAAAACAUAUUGAUCCGCAAAUUGAUGCCAUAAUUCAACGUUUCAACAAAGUCUUUGAAGGAACUGGUAAACUGAAGGGGUACUCGGUGAAGCUAAACAUCGACGAAAAGACAAUACCACGUGCACAACCGCAAAGGAGAAUUCCUUUUCAUUUGAGAAAGAAAGUUAAAGAAGCUGUCACCCAGCUGGAAAAAGAGGGGAUCAUUGAAGCUGUGCCAGAAAACGCGCCUUCGCAGUGGGUAUCUCCAAUCGUCGUAGUACCGAAAAAGGAUGGAUCUGUUCGUCUUUGCGUAGAUAUGCGUGUGCCAAAUACUGCAAUAAAACGUGUACGUUAUCCGAUCCCUACAUUGAAUGAUAUCAGCAUUCAACUCAAUGGUGCCAAAUAUUUCAGUAAAUUGGAUCUAAACCAAGCUUACCACCAGCUACCAUUACACAUAGACAGUCGUUUUAUCACUACCUUCAGCACACACGUAGGACUUUAUCGAUACACUUGUCUCAAUUAUGGGACAAAUGCUGCUAUGGAAAUUUUCCAGCAUGUUUUACAAGAAACUUUACAAGGUAUAAAUGGAGUGCUGAACAUCGCAGAUGACAUCGUAGUUUUUGGCAAAACUCGCAAGGAACACGAUUUAGCUUUGCAAAAUUGUUUGCAACGUCUGCAUUCAAAAUGCCUUACGCUAAAUCUCAAGAAAUGUAACUUUCUACAGAAAUCAAUUCAGUUUUAUGGACAAAUUUUCACAGAACAUGGUACGCAGCCAGAUCCAGCACGCAUAAGGGAUCUUCAGAAUGCACCAAUACCUACCAGCAUCAAAGAGGUACGAAGCCUGCUCGGAAUGGCAAACUAUAGUGCUAAGUACAUCCAAGAUUUUGCGACGCUCACUGCACCACUUCGAGAGUUGACAAAAAAGAAUACACCAUUCGUAUGGCAAGCAGUUCAACAGAAAGCAUUUGAAAACAUAAAAUUGGCUCUGUCUGAAGCUCCCGUUACGUCGUAUUUCGAUACCAAUAAAGAAACUUUCGUUACGGUGGACGCAAGUCCCGUAGGUGUAUCUGCAAUUUUGAGUCAAGCAACCAAGAACAGUGAUGAUUACAAGGUUGUUGCUUACGCCAGUCGUGGACUGUCCGAUACUGAGAAACGAUACUCGCAAACGGAAAAAGAGGCUCUAGCCAUCGUUUGGGCCGUAGAACAUUUUCAUUUGUUCCUAUAUGGCAACGAAUUUACUUUGAUUACAGAUCACAAACCUUUGGAAACCAUUUACGGCAGUUCAACCUCUAAGCCGUCCGCGAGGGUUGAGCGAUGGGUUUUGCGACUACAACCUUAUUCGUUUAAAGUGCAGUACAAGGCAGGAAGCGAGAACUCUGCUGAUUAUCUAUCCAGACACCCCUCCAGUCAACAAUCGCGAAAACAAGAAAGAAUUGCGGAGGAGUACGUAAACAUGAUUACGAGUCACUCUGUGCCUAAAGCUAUGUCGCUAGACGAAAUAGCGAGUGCUACCAACACUGACAAGACAUUGCAAGCAUUGCGAGCCGCUAUACGAACAAAUAGAUGGCAAGCAUCUGAUCGUUUAAAGCCUUAUUGUGCAAUCAACGAUGAGCUCACUGUUGGUGCGAAGGGAAUUGUUUUGAGAGGAACACGUUUAGUUAUACCAGAGUCACUUCAGCAACGAGCUAUAGAUAUUGCCCAUGAAGCUCACCAAGGUCUUUCCAAAACAAAAAGUCUAUUACGAGAAAAAGUAUGGUUCCCCGGUAUGGACAACCUAGUUCAGCAUACCCUAGAUUCGUGCCUGACUUGUCAAAUUGUCGGCAAACCAUCGCCACCAGAACCUCUGCAACAAACUGAUUUUCCUAAAGGACCAUGGGAAACUGUUCAUAUCGAUUUCUGUGGACCGCUUCCUUCAGGAGAUCAUCUUUUAGUCGUCAUUGAUCGUUAUUCGCGAUUUCCGGAAACCGAAAUUGUGCGAUCCACGAAAGCAUCAACUGUCAUUCCGAAGCUGGACAAAAUAUUUUCGGUACACGGCAUACCACGUGAAUUAAAGACAGAUAACGGUCCACCAUUCUCGAGUGAAGAGUUUGCACGAUAUGUAAAUAUCCUCGGUAUAAACCAUAAACCUGUCACACCUUACUGGCCGCAGGCAAAUGGAGAAGUCGAACGCUUUAAUCAGCCUCUCAUCAAAGCCGUACAAAGCGCAGUGGCAGAUGGUAAGGUAUGGCAACAAGAACUGAACCGUUUCUUGUUCCAGUAUCGUAAUACACCUCACAGCACAACGAAAAUUGCGCCAUCAGAGUUGUUAUUCAACAGGAAAGUACAAGGAAAAUUCCCUACUUUAGAGAAGCAUCGCGUAAUAAAUCGACACAAAGAAGCUAGAAUAAACGAGGAACGCAGUCGAUCAUACCAAGAAACAUAUGCAAAUAAACGCAGAAAAGCAAGGAAGAGCAACCUUCAAGUUGGAGAUACUGUUCUUGUCCGCCAACAAAAAAGGGACAAACUAACGACACGAUUCAGCAAAACGCAAUACAAAGUCGUAAACCGUAAAGGUACGCAGAUAACUGCAGAAGACAGUAAUCAUCGUCGUGUAACUCGCAACGUAUCAUUUUUUAAAAAUUACGCGCUCAGAUGUCGGAUUCCGAAGAUGCCAAUCAAUCAAAUCGAGCCACAUACGCUUGUGAACAAGAGGUUCCUAGACCUGCUGAAAGACUAG